UGUAUGGUCAUACAGCUAGCUCAAGCAGGAACAACAAUACAGAAAGGCGUAUUGAGAACCUUUUCUAAACACAGGCACAACUCGACAAGUUCAAAGAACAACAGGACAGUAUGGCCACCACUGUUGCUGUCAGUCCCAGUGAAUACCUUCAGCCCUCCACCGCUUCUACACAACAGGACGCCCAGCCGUCUCCGCUGGCCCUACUAGCGGCCACCUGCAGUAAAAUCGGCCCUCCUGCUGCUCAGGCCACCGUCACAUCCCCUCCAGCACAGCCACAGCCGCGGAGGCUUCUUCCCAUAAAGCCGGCUCCCAUAGCCCCCGCUCCACCAAAAAACCUGGGUUUCCUUUCAACAAAGGGCAAUGUGAUCCAGCUUCCUGCCGGAUUGGGCUCCACUGCCCCUGGCAACCCAAUUGUCCUUACUAUCCAGCAGAGUCCUGCCCGCACCAACACCCCUGGCCCUGCCAACAUCCAAUACCAGGUGGUGCCACAGAUGCAGGGUGGCCAGACUAUCCAGAUGAUGCCACAGGGAGGACAGAUCCAACUUAUUCCAGGCACCAACCAGGCCAUCAUUACCACUCCAAUGACUGUGCCGGCCCCGGCGGCCGCCACCGCUCCCGUCACUCCCCAGAAGACCGUAGCCAUAAAGCCCUCUCUAAAGGUGCGGAAGCCAAACAACACAGCUGCAAAUGUGGUGCAGCUGCCAAGUGGGCUCACACUUCCCCUGAACGUGUCCACAGGAGAGGUGGGUGGAACUCCAAUCGUCACAGAAACGGCAGCUGUUCUUCCCACUCCUGAAAAGGGACGACGAGGGAGAAGGAAGAAAGUGGUUUUGCCUGCUGAACCUCCUCCGCCUGCUCCCACACAGCCCUCUUCCCCAUCCCCGGAGCAAAUGGAGACCAUACUAAUAGAAGCUGGGGACAACAUCAUACAGGCAGGGAACAAUCUAUUGAUUGUGCAGAGUCCUGGGCAGCCGGCUAUGGUGCAACAAGUUCAGCUGGUCCAGCCCAAGCCGGAGUCUCAGUUGGUUCAAAUCCCCCAGCAAGCCCUGAAGGUGGUGCAGGCUGCGUCUGCCACGCUGCCGACGGUUCCCCAGAGACAACCCACCUCUACGAGUAUGAGCAUCUCUCCAACUGAUCCCUCACCAACACAGAUAAUAUUCAAAACGGCUUCGGGUGAGUGGCAGACGAUCCAGCUUCAGGAUUCCAUCUCUACGACGACGACCACCGCCACGACAGUCGCCCCCACCACCACCAUAUCCACGCCGGCCGGCCAGAAGAAGACUCAAGCGGCAGGAAAAAAGGAGCGGACCCUGGCCAAAAUAGCUCCGGCUGGUGGAAUGAUUGCGUUCAACCCCUCCCAGCUCUCGUCAGCGGCCCAAGCCGUCCAGACCAUCAGCAUCAACGGGGUCCAGGUCCAGGGAGUUCCUGUUACCAUCACCAACGCAGGCGGUGAGCUGAUGGAGGGUCAGCAGCACCUGACGGUGCAGACGAUGCAGGGGGGAGGGAUACAGAUCGCUUCAGCGCAGGGACAGCCGGCCAUCCAGGUGGACCAGACUCUUACGCUGGAGCUGCCCAGUCAGCCAGGAGAGAAGAAACGACGCAUGGCCUGCACCUGCCCCAACUGUAAAGAUGCAGACAAAAGGCCUGGGGAGGUGGGGAAAAGGAAACACAUCUGCCACGUCCCCGGCUGCGAGAAAACGUUCAGGAAAACGUCGCUGCUCAGAGCUCACGUCCGGUUGCACACCGGGGAGAGGCCCUUUGUCUGCAACUGGGUUUUCUGUGGGAAACGCUUCACACGCAGCGACGAGCUGCAGAGGCAUGCAAGGACGCACACAGGAGACAAGCGCUUUGAGUGCAGCCAGUGUCAGAAGCGCUUCAUGAGGAGCGACCACCUUACGAAGCAUUACAAGACUCACAUAAACACCAAGAACUUGUGAGCGGACUUGAAUGUGUUUUUACUCUGGCGGGCUGUGAGGAUUGUUCUGGAGGAAGGAGGUUCGGUUCUGAUCACACAGGGAGAUGCUCCACAUCAAGCCCUCAUGUUCGCUGUCACUCCUGCAGGAUGUGCCUGUGUGAGCUAGAGAGAAAUCCUUCCACACAAACUUCAGACUGAUCCAGAAAGGUCAAUAAUAAUGUUUUAUUUUGCUUUUUUUCUUUUUCCUUUCCCUUUAAUUCUCCUGUCCGAGUAAACGCCAGAACCAGCACCAGCUGAAUUUGUACGAUAAGAAGGUGUAAUUUGAGAUGAUGAUGAUGCUCGAGUCUUCUUGCUUAUUUAUUAACUUCUAUGAAGGACACAAAGUUAAUCCGACACCAGAGCCUGAGAUUCCAGGAUCUGUGUGACAGUUUCCAGCUCCUUUGGGUUUUUGCAACCAAAACUUUUUUCUUUUUUUCUUCUUCCAUUUGUUUGGUUUUUGGAAUAUUUGUAGCGGCCUGAGACUGCCAAGCACCAAAAAAGGAUUUAUGGUCGGAAAUGUUGUUUUAGAGUUACUGGUGAAUUAAAUCCUAAACUUAUCCUUUGGAAAAAGUUUAGAUGGUUAUAUCUGACAUUUUUAAACUAAUGUUAUCAUAAAUAAUGAUAACUAUAAUAAGCGAUUUAUCCAGUGUUUCCCUGCAUAGCUACACUAGAGUUGGACUAAAUGAGGCUCAGAGUAAAAACACAGGAUACAAAAUCAAAGCAAAAAUCACUUUCAAAGACGCAAGAGUUGGUUUUGUUCACAUUAGUGAGGCUCACGUUAGUCCGUCCAGAGAGGCAGGACAGAGUAGCAGUAAGUCGGGGUCAGAGAGGGAUAAAUACGGACUAUAGGGCCCACACUCACUGUGCCUUACACGUUGAUACUGGAAGUUUCACAUAUUUCAAGAUAAGAAUAUUUAUUGGGUAACAUAGAAAGGAUGCUAGUGGAAAUACCAGGCCAACAGUUUGAGCUACCCUUCCAAAUGUUACAGGUGAUGCAGUGGUACACUUGAUCAUCAUUUUACUGCGAACGCAAAUGAAAACAUGUAUUUCUGAAGUUCAAAAGCAGAAAUGAAACUGAAAAGUUCCAAAUGAAAUUUCGUCAACACUUUUCUAACUUAAGAGUAGGAGCGUAUCAGGUUGUUUUUUUUCUCCAAAGCCUGUCUCAUCAGCAAGUCACAUUUGAUAUGUGAGUGAUUUGUCCUGUACUUUACUCAUAAGCUGUUUGAUCAGAUUGAUGAGCAACAUGUAAGUACCCUAAACACACCUUUAGAGAAACACUGCAAUGAAUUCUGACCGGCUCCUUCAUUCACUGUGUUUUUGAGACACUUGAGGGGGAUUUGGCGGUCAGGUUAGAACGUGUUAAGUCCUAAUGUGUUAAAACACAUUCAAAUAUUAGUGAUCAGACCUGGCCGCUACAUAACUGGUUAUCCAUCUUGGAUACCACAGAAGGUACAGAGUGUCUUGGGCUAGGCGUCAGAUUUCAAUACUCGUUUGGUACUGAAACGUCAUUCUUUGACUUCUCAUUCUCUUUCAAGUCAUCAUUCAUUUAAACUCUCUUUAGACUGUAUUCCACAUGUUGUUAAAUGCCUGCUUGGUCGUCGUCAGCUCAAUGAAACACCACCAUAACUGCUGCUUCUUCAAGAAAUAAAUUAUUUGAAAUUUUGUCCUGAUGUAUAUUUAAAAGAAUAUACUUCCCUGAGUAAAGAAUCCAAGAAGUGCAAACGUUGCUCGUCGUGUCCUCGGAAAUAGGAUGAACAAGAUUCCAGGGUUCCAGUUUCACUCUGCUUCACUUACAGUAUCAUUUUGAUCUAGUGAUUUAUAGCCUAUGCAUUGUUGUAUAUAUGAUUGGAUUUUUAAUUAUUGGGCCUGAUUUGACAAUCAUGUCACAUGAUGUAAAAAAAAAACCUAAAAAACAAAAUGCUUCCUCAACUUUCUUAGUCAUAUUUUUCAGCUACAGUAUAUGAUUUGUGUCGAUAUAUACAGGCGACUGGCAUCGGUUGUACUGUACAGGAUUCAUAAGAGAAAUCCUACUAUUCCUAACCUUUUUAAUAGUGCACAUGUGUACCGUGUUUUACCACCAGUUCAUCAGUCUGUUUCAAGUGUGACGUUGAGAGUUCGUCUUCUUCAAACAGAUUUAACUCGAUUGAGAAGCUGAUGGGUCAAAUGAGUUUUGGAGCUUGGAGAUUGAUGGCUGAGGUGUUUUAAUUACACAUUUUUAUGUAAAUUAAAAAAAAACUUUGUCAAACUAGAUUUUUAUUUGUAAAGCACUCGGAGCAAGAUUUCAUUGAAGUUCUUCACAGAGGUGCAGAUGUAAAGUUUAGGUGGCCAAUAUUUGGUUUGUUUUAUUUCAUUUCCUUUUUUUUUUCUUUAAACAUGUGUCCAAACACGUGAAAUGCUAUUGGGAUGGCGAGACGGACCCAUAUUUAUGCUUUUCAUGUUUUAAAUAUGUAAAUAUAGUGUGUGUCCUCGGACACGGUAUAUGUAGGAUAUUAAAGAAAAUCAAAGUGAAGCUGCAUCGCUGUCCCGUUGGCGCAGCCGGCCGGGAAGGAAAGGACUUUGUACAGUUUGUAAGGAUUCAAAUAUAAUGUGACGUUGUAUAGCUUCAUUCCUGCUUUGUAUAAGGUGUCUAGAUCUUUUUUCUGUUGAAUGAAAGAUGCCUUAGACAGCUGGGCCCAGUAUUUAACUUUGCUUUUCUAAUUAUGCUUAACAUUUGUAAAAAACAUAUUUUCAAAUUUUAACUUAUGUUACAUGAUAAUGUCUUUGAGCACUGAUUAAAAAAAGCCAGGUUCCAAAAUUUGUAAAAUGAAUGCUGAUUGAAAUUAAAUAUUUGUUGUUUUUUCAGUUUUUUUUGUUUUGUUUUGUUUUUUAUCCCAAAUUAAGGAACUACUGGUGCCUGGUUUCUGUGAAUUCAAAAGCUGUCCUUCUCCUAGCAUAUAUGUAACACACUUGUGCUUAUCAGGAGGAAAACAGACAACCAGCAAUUACAUUCAUGAAUUAUAUGAAGGUGCUACAACAUAGUUUGCUCCUUUUCUACAAUCACAUCUACAAUAAAAGGCUCAACCAUUACAA